AUGGCUGAUGCGCAGAACGUCUCGCUGGACGGCCCGGGGAGUGUGGGGGCCGUGGCCGUGCCUGUGGUCUUUGCCAUCAUCUUCCUGCUGGGCACAGUGGGCAACGGGCUAGUGCUGGCCGUGCUGUUGCAGCCCAGCCCCAGUGCCUGGCAGGAGCCGGGCAGCACUACGGACCUGUUCAUCCUCAACCUAGCGGUGGCCGACCUCUGCUUCAUCCUGUGCUGCGUGCCUUUCCAGGCCGCCAUCUACACACUGGACGCCUGGCUCUUUGGGGCCCUCGUUUGUAAGACGGUGCACCUGCUCAUCUACCUCACCAUGUACGCCAGCAGCUUCACGCUGGCCGCGGUCUCGGUGGACAGGUACCUGGCCGUGCGGCACCCGCUGCGCUCGCGGGCCCUGCGCACGCCGCGCAACGCCCGCGCCGCCGUGGGGCUCGUCUGGCUGCUGGCGGCCCUCUUCUCGGCGCCCUACCUCAGCUACUACGGCACCGUGCGCUACGGCGCGCUGGAGCUCUGCGUCCCCGCCUGGGAGGACGCGCGCCGGCGCGCCCUCGACGUGGCCACCUUCGCCGCCGGCUACCUGCUGCCCGUGGCCGUGGUGAGCCUGGCCUACGCGCGCACGCUGCGCUUCCUGUGGGCGGCCGUGGGCCCCGCGGGCGCGGCAGCGGCGGAGGCCCGGCGCAGAGCCACGGGCCGCGCGGGGCGGACCAUGCUGGCGGUGGCCGCGCUCUACGCCCUCUGCUGGGGCCCGCACCACGCGCUCAUCCUCUGCUUCUGGUUCGGCCGCUUCGCCUUCAGCCCGGCCACCUACGCCUGCCGCCUGGCCUCGCACUGCCUCGCCUACGCCAACUCCUGCCUCAACCCGCUCGUCUACGCGCUCGCCUCGCGCCACUUCCGCGCGCGCUUCCGCCGCCUGUGGCCCUGCGGCCGCCGCCGCCGCCGCCGCUGCCGCCACGCCCGCUGCCCCCCGGGCGCCCGCCGCGCCCACCGCCGCGUCCGCCCCGCCACCGCGGGCCCUGCCGGUUGCCCCGGGGACGCCCGGCCUCGCGGGAGGCUGCCGGCGGGCGGCGGCCGGGGCGGGGGGCCCGGGGAGGAGCCCGCCCGCGUCGGAGAGGCCGGGCGAGCCUCGUCGGCCCCGGGACCGGAAUAA